CCUGACUCCUAACUAACAUUACAGAAGAAGAGUUUUAUUCUUGUUCUAAGCUGGACGCCUACGACGUUAAAGAAUUGAAAGAGAAUCCGGCUUUGCUUGACCACUUAAGGAAAAUGACUGAGAUUCCGGGCGGGAUCAGCGAGCCACAGGUUUUAAAAAUUUCCCCUUUGGCGGAUGAGUGGGGCUCAUCGAAAGGUGGACUAUCUACUCUAAACAGGGAGAUGUGCAAAGGGCUGGCUCAACUGCCUGAUGUGUCGGUGACCUUGGUUGUGCUGGAGUACACUGAAAAGGAAAAGGAUAACGCUUCAAAAUUUAAAGUGAACCUUGUCAAGGUGGAAGAGAUACCCGGAUUUGACCCCAUCUCCUCAUUGUCAUUUCCACCCGACAGCUGUGAAAUUGACGCAGUAGUGGGUCAUGGACAGAAGCUGGGGCCGCCAGCUUUUGCCGUGGCGAAACAGCGGCGAUGUCAACGGGUUCAUAUAGUGCACACAGCAAGCGAAGAGCUUGCAAUGUUUAAGAAAGGGAAGAAAGCACCGAUUCGGGCUGGUGAGGAAAAGCAUCAAAUUGAGGUAAAACUGAGCCGAGCGGCUGAUGUCAUCGUGGGUAUUGGACCAAAACUCACUGACUACAUCCAACGAAGCCUCCAACCGUACCAGAGAGAUGAAGAUGUGAUUAACUUCAUACCAGGUAUUUUUACGGAGUUCUCUGACCUAAAGCAAGCCAAAAGGCAGGGAAAAAGAUUCUCUAUCUUAUUAUUUGGUCGCGGUGACGAAGAAGAUUUUGAAGUCAAAGGGUACGACGUUGCCGCACGGGCUAUAGCAGCCUUGGAAGACGACUGUGAACUCGUGUUCGUCGGCGCGGCAGAUGGGGAGGAACAGGAAGUAGCAAAGAGAUUGCUUGAUUGUGGCAUCCUCCGCAGACAGCUGAAAGUGCGCACCUUUUACGAAAGCCGCCUUGAGCUGGCCGACCUUUUCCUUCAGGCAGAUUUGGCCAUUAUGCCUUCGCGAACAGAAGGAUUUGGCCUCGGAGCCCUCGAAGCCCUUUCAGCCGGCCUCCCAAUCCUCGUGAGUGAUAACAGUGGAUUAGGCGAAGUUCUCAGCGACCUUCCGAUGGGAAGUUCUUUUGUGGUGCAGUCUGAUGACCCCGAUAAAUGGAAAGAAGCCAUCAGACAGGCGGGAAGAAAAUCAAGGGAUUUGCGAUUGCGGGAGGCUAUCGAUCUGCGGACGCGUUAUGAUGAGAAGUACAAAUGGCAAGAGCAGUGUGAGGCAAUUGUGGAAAAAUUACGCCAGCGUAAAUGAUGUAAGGCCUAAACUGAAAAGAAAAAGUCCAUGACAUUUCUAACAAUUUCAUGAUACAUUACGGAAACAACAAUAUUGUUGACAUGAGUAAACUUUGAGUGAACUUCGGACAAUUAUUCACACUCAAGCAGUUUAAGGCCUGCUGUUUCAGUGGACCAAAGAAAUGUUUAAGAAUGUCCAUCCUAUUUCCGAAUUACUUUGGGUUUAAGGCUUGUUUCGUUCUGUUAUAUUUCGGAUAAAUUGAUUGUACAAAAGAGAAGACUUUUUUUAGACAAAGUUUUCACAAGCAGUUGUCGUAGGUAAUCAAAGCUAUUUUAGAUCUAGCUUUGUUUUGUAGCGCGGCAAAUAUUGUUCUAUUUCAUUA